UUUUUUAUUUUUUACAUUUUUUGACGUUUUUCCUGUUUUUGGGGGGACUUUUCAGGGCUCAAAUAUCACAAAAACAGCUCGAAAGGACUGAAAACAACCAGAAAAAAGGGAUUUACAUGGAAACUGGAUCAGAGAUUUUCCCACAGACUCCAGUGGAUCCAUGAUGCCACUGCUUCAGAUCUUCCUCCUCUUACUUGGCCUUGGAAUUCUGGGAAUUCUGGGAAUUCCAGUGGUGGAAGUGCCAGGAAGUAGGCUCCUGGAUGCCCUCAACACUCCCAUCCAAAAGCAAGACCAGGGCCCCCCUUCCCACCUCAAGUGGGAGCCCUUCCAAGGCCGUCUUCCCCCCGAUGCCGUCUCCAGCUGGAACCGCCAUACCAGGCGCCUGGAAUUCGUCUGUUCCACGAUGGAGCUCAGCUGCAAUUCCGGCUCCUACGAUCCCAUCAGGGGCCCCUAUUGCUACUUCCCAAACAGGGGACAGGAGAAGCACACUUCCAACUUCAACAUCUUGGUCAACUCCGGCGGCUUUGAGGCCUUGGAUUGGGUGGAUGAUUCCUUUGGCACCGUCCCAGAAAAUGCUGUGGAGAGUUGCCCAACGAUCGACGUCUUCGUGGGGCGGAGCCGGGACGGGCUGGGAAAGGUCUCCAAGGAGCACCGGGCGCUUUUCGUGGCACUGGGGGGGGAGGAGGUUUGGUACAAGUGGUAUCAAGUCUUAGUGGUCAAGACGGGUCUGUCCGACAUCUCCAUCGUGGAUGUCGCCUACAACCUGAGCACGGUACUGGAACAUUCUGAGGAUGUGGUCUUGGCCAAGGCUCCGGUGCAGAACGAAGGCUGUGGGGUAGCCCCAGGGUCCACCUUCUUGGAAGAGGCCACAGAGGCGGAGCACACGUGGCGCUCAAAUCACCCCGCGCUGGCCACCGUGCGCGGGACGCUGCAGGCGGCCCCGUUGGUCCUCACCGGGACGGGCUGGGCCGUGGCAAAUGUCACCUCCCUGCCGUGGGUGGGCGGGGCCAGCAUCGCUAAGUUCGUGUCCCACGGGCCCCACGAGGUGCGGGAGGAGGUGCCGGCGCGCUCGGAAUGCACCGCGGUGCUCCGGGGACGCCGGCUUGACCUCCAGGUGAUGUUCACUGCCCAGCUCCGCCGGGAAUUCCAUGAUGGAUUCCAGCACAGUGUGGGGGUCACUGGCUGGGCACAGACCCGAGUGGUCACUGGGGUCAGUGCCAGGAUUGAGCAGUGUCGAGAACUUGCCAGGGUCCUGCCGUGUCCAGCAUAGGGAGGGACCUAUGCUGGACUUUGGGCUGGAUCCCAAAAAUUCCUCCACAAAGAUUUUUCCUGGUGUUUUUCCCCUGAAUAAUCCCACAAAAUGCAAUAGCAGCAACUUGGAAUGCAGGGCAAUGCUUGGAUUUGGUGGGUUUUCCCAUAUUUUUGCUUUUUGUGGCACAACCUUUAUCCCUUUCUGAAACCACAUGGUAAAACUGUGCAAAAACAUGGCAUUUUCUGACUGAA